AUGAGCGCUACUGGGUCCAGGGUUUCGAUUCCGACCGGUGUUAGGAAGACGAUCCAGAAUAUUAAGGAGAUCACGGGUAAUCAUACUGAUGAUGAGAUUUAUGCAAUGCUUAAGGAGUGUUCUAUGGAUCCCAACGAGACUACUCAGAAGCUUCUGUUUCAGGAUACAUUUCACGAGGUAAAAAGAAAGAAGGACAGAAGGAAAGAGAAUGUUAACAACAGAGAGGCUUUAGAGUCACAUUCAAGACCUGGCACCCAGGGGCGAGGGGUUAGAGGUGGCCGGGGAAAUUUCGCACCUCAUCGCAUAGUGCACGAUGGUCGUGGUGGCAAGAAUUCUAGUACCGGCAAAGAUAGCGGGUCCAACCAAGAAACUGCAAAGGGAAAUCCUUCUUUGCCAGGUUCGCAAGAGACAAAGUCGAGAGAAAAAAGUUCUGGAACAAGCACUGUUCCAGCUAUUGCCAAUGGGCCUACAACUGUAUCAUCUGGAACUACUAAUGUGAAUUCAUCCCCUUCAUCUACUGGAAAUGUAGAUAGAAUUAGUCCAUUGGAUGGUGGUAAUAUUACUGUCGUUAAGGAUUUUCCUUCUGAUAGUUUAGACAAAGAUGCCAAAGUUGUUAUUGGAAGUGAGUCAGGGCCUUCCAUCAGUGACGGCUUAGGGACUAGACCAGCGUCGUCAUCAGCUGUCUGUUUCUCUUCUUCAGACCCGGUACUGGUUCCAUCGAAUGAUUCACGUUUUCCUGGUGCUGUUGGUGCAAUUAAGCGGGAAGUGGGAGGUCAACGUCCUCCUGCUGAAUUUAAUGUGGCCAACACUUCUUCUGAGAACAAGUCUUCUGCUUCUGAGACUGGUAGCUCUUUUCAAGUAAAGAGUCAAAGAAAAGCACCGGCAGUGGCAAAGAACCACGUUCCUGAAGUGCCAUCUUCAUCAACAGUAGUACAUGGGACCACCUCAGGUAGCCGGCCGUCAUCCAAUUACAACAACCGAUCACAACAGAUAAGCGGCCUUCAGAAAGCUGGUUCUAUUAAGGAGUGGAAACCAAAGCCAACACAUACAAUUAACCAAGCUUCCGGUCCACCUAGCGUAUCCGACUCUUCCGCCGUUUCAGCUGAAGCUACCAUACAGUUGCCGUCUGUGUCUAAAAUCAUUGAUUCUGAGGAAGCUGCUUCUGAACUGCAGAAGAAGCUUGAGAAUUUACGCGUUCCACCGCGUCAACAUGUCAUUCUUCCAAACCAUAUUUUGGUUCCUGAAUCUGAAAAGAGCAAGUUUAGCUUUGGGAGCCUGGGAAUCAAUUUUGGGGUUACUACAAAUUAUGUUACCAGCCCAGAGAGCGAAAAGAGUUCAACUCUUUCCAAAGUUUCCCAGGCUAUUGAAGAAACUGCAGGGGAGAAGAACUCAAGCAAUCAAAAUGCUUCAAUUCCGUCUGCGGUCGGUGAUUAUCCUGACAACGCACAACCACUCCCCACUACUGUACCGGAAAAUUUGUCAUCAUCCGUGGAGGUGGAUAUCUCAUCCAGUAAUAUUCAAGAGGAUAAUGAGUCAAAACACUCUGCACAAAUUGAUAAUUCUGAGUCUCAAGCACGAGAUAUUUCUCGGCUUCCAAGCUUUGUUGUUCAUCAACCAUUUGAUCCUAAUUACUACGCUCAGUAUUACCGCUCUGGUGCUGAUAGUGAAGGCCGUCUUUCUCCUUUACCUUCUGCUGGAGUUACAACCAAGUACAAUGGCGGUGUUCCAGUGCUUCCUACACCAAGUUCUCAGUCUCUUCAAGAGGGAGCUGUCUUGUCGACAGCUGGUCAGACACAACAUGCGACUCAAGCUGCUGGGCUGAUGCAAAACUCAAUAGCUACUCAGCAGCCACUCCCCGUAUUUCGAGGACCGGGUGGGGUUCAUAUUCCUCAUUACUCUCCUAAUUACAUCCCUUAUGGUCAUUAUAUUUCACCAUUCUAUCUCCAACCUCCAGCAAUCCAUCAAUAUUUGGGUAACGGUGCAUUUCCUCAACAGCCUCAGGCCAGCACCGUGUAUCCACCUCCUUCCGCCGUGGCCGCAAACGGGAUGAAAUAUCCCCUUCCACAGUACAAACCUGGAACAAAUGCAGCUAACUCGGCUCAUUAUGUAAUGCCGGCUGCCUAUGGUGCAUAUGGCUCCUCCCCAUCCGGUGGUUAUAAUCCUAAUUCUGCAGAAACUGCUGGAAAUUCGACCUCUAGUGAGGAUCUCGGUUCAUCACAGUUCAAGGAAAACAAUGUAUACCUCAAUGGACAGCAGAGCGAAGGUUCGGCAAUGUGGGUUGCUGCAUCAGGUCGAGACAUUUCCAGUAUGCCCGCUAGUUCAUUCUACAACCUUCCACCUCAGGGUCAGCAUGUGACUUUUGCCCCGACACAGGCUGGCCACGGCAACUUUGCUGGCGUCUAUCACCAUCCUGCACAAGCCGGGACAGCCGGAACAGUUCAUCCACUUCUGCAACAAUCACAGACAAUGGCUGGAGCAGUUGAUAUGGUAGGGCCCGGCGGAAAUGUUUAUCAGCAACAACCUCAGCAUGCACAUAUAAAUUGGCCAAGUAACUACUGA